UGCCGUUCAACUUCUUCGAAUUUCAUCGUGCGGCUAAGCCGUGACACUUUAGUGGUUACACCUUGAAGCUGCAAGGAAACUUUUCAUGUGGAGUUGGUGUCAAGAAAGCAAGACAAACUUCCAACCGAAACUUCUGAGACACAGACGAUCCUCAUGUUCCAUCAGUUUCCGAAGGAGAGAAACUGAAAAUUAACAUAAAUACUUCACCAGCCAUGGAGGAUCCUCAAGUUGCAUUGAUAUCAGUUGAUGAUCAAGUUACCUCUGUUUCGGUUGAGAAUGAACUGGACGUCCAAAGCAGCAUAUCACCAGCCGCAGAAGAUAGUCAAGUUACCUCGAUUUCAGCUGAGGAGAAACUGGAUGUCCAAAGCGUCACUUUAGCAGAUGUGGCUGAAGGUAAAGUUCCAUCACCUGAUGAAAUACUAGGAACUGGUGACAAUACGUCUACAGGUGAGAAAGAAAAUCAUGAGAGAAAUUGCCUAUAA